UGGUGUGAAUUUUAUUUUAAUUAGUUGUUCUGUUUUUACACAAGUGCUUCAUUGGACUUGUAUAGUUGUAUCAGUGUAUUUUUCCCUUCUGAGGUAUUUUGUUUUGUGGUCGUAUGCAAACACACCCCCUAUAUUUGCGCUUUUAGACUGGUUAAAAGGAAAGCGCGAGCUCCUUCGAGACACUCACGGUCUCCCGUUUCAUCUGAACGGUCGAGUUACGUAGCAAGCAAGGGAAGUGUUGCAGUGAACGGAUGGGGGAAGAGAGAGGGAGAGGUUGAGAGAGAGAGGGAGAGACUGCAGCAUCAUUUGAGGGACGUUCACAUGCAGUGCAGUAGAACGUGCAGGUGAGGGGAGGAGGAGAAUGCGGGACUUUUCCUCAAACACUUCACACACAUCCACUACGGACUCCGGAGGAAUUACUAAAGGCUUUUUUUUGCUAAUUCUCUAUCCUGCUCUAUCCGAAUUUACGUGCUCUGAGAAGUCGAACUGAAAAGCUUUUCUCUUUGUCAAGUUCGCCGUAAAGGAAUCUAUAAGAGCUUGGCACGCGCGCGUAAGACUGCGGGGAAAGCUUUCCAAUUUUCCUCUCAUUGUGGUUUAAGGUAAGAGAACAUAUAAUAUCGGGAAAAGACUUUAGAAAGCACUUUGGCUUAUUCCCAGCCAGUAGCGCAAGCUCUGGGAUGCGAAUGUGAGAGCUGAAUUCACAGACAGAUCUCUUUUGUGUUCUACUGCAUUGCAGUUUAAAACAGUGAAAGCGCGAGAGGAGCCCGCGCUCCGCAGCAUCUCAAUGAGCCGGACAAAGUCAUUUAAACUGCUAAAAUUUCACUCCCGUUUACUCUUAAAAGGCACAAAGGAACAUUCUUGUCCGUAAAAGAGCUGUAAAAACUUAUCGCCGAUGCCGAGCUCUUCACAAAGUGGAUGUUUUAUUUUAUCGUGUUGAAAACGUGACCGGGGAAUAAAAGACUGCAGGAGAAAAUAAGAUUUUACCGAAGAAAGCGUUCAUAGAGAUUUAUCGGUGGCGAGUCUGCCUUGGACCAGAGGAAGCUGCAGAUAGAGAGUGAAAGAGAGUGAGAGGAAGAGAGAGAGAGAGAGUCAUGGGGAGCAGGAGCGUUGGCGCAGUGCACUCCGCGCGCUGCUACCUCGUGCUUAUCCUGCAGCUGCUGACUCAGCUCCCGCGCGCCAAUUCAGUGCUGCGCUACCGCGUGGCAGAAGAGGGGCAGGCUGAUGUGCAUAUUGGGAACGUGGCUUCAGACCUGGGGCUGUCCACCUCUGGGAUCGGGACUGGUGAUGUCACUUUCGCUUUGGAAUCUGGCUCAGAAUACUUCAAAAUUGACAACGUCACCGGAGAGCUUACUACAGGCAGCAAGAGGAUUGACAGAGAGAAGCUGCCGCAGUGUCAGAUGAUAUUUGAUGAAAACGAGUGCUUUUUGAACUUUGAGGUGUCAGUCAUAGGUCCCCUACAGAGUUGGGUGGAUCUGUUCGAUGGCCGUAUUGUAGUCACAGACAUCAAUGACAACACCCCCUCCUUCCCUUCACCAGUACUCACGCUGUCUGUUGAGGAGAAUCGGCCAAUCGGCACACUCUAUCUCCUUCCCACAGCCACAGACCGUGAUUUUGGUCGCAAUGGCAUUGAUCGCUAUGAGCUUAUCCAGGACAGUAGAGAUGGGGGGUCAUCUUCGCGACGGCCUGUGAACGGACCAACCAAUGGGAAUGGUGGUGACCGAAGGAGAGUAUCAGAAACAGGGGCAGGACCUGCCAGCAGGAGCAGUGUGUUUGAACUGCAAGUUGCCGACACACCUGAAGGACAGAAACAGCCCCAGCUGAUCGUGAAAGGGCCUCUGGACCGCGAAGCACGGGAUUCUUAUGAACUCGUGCUACGGGUUCGUGAUGGCGGCAACCCUCCCCGCUCCUCACAAGCUCUGUUACGAGUGUCCAUCACAGACGUCAACGACAACAGUCCACGCUUUGAGAGAGCUGUGUAUGAAGCAGAAAUGGCAGAAAACGCACCACCUGGCACACCUGUCCUGCAGGUGCGCGCCACAGACCGUGAUGUCGGUGUGAAUGGGCAGGUUGAGUAUGUGUUUGGAGCAGCUACAGAAUCAGUGAGGCGCCUCCUGAGGUUGGAUGAAGCAUCAGGUUGGCUGAGUGUUCUGCAUCGCAUAGACCGUGAGGAAGUUUCGCAGCUACGCUUCACCAUCACAGCUCGUGACCGCGGCCAACCACCUCGCACUGACCGUACUACAGUCGUUCUGAACGUAAGGGAUGAAAAUGACAACGUACCCAUAGUGGAAAUUCGAAAAAUUGGACGAAUCCUUGUUCGGGAUGGCGCUGCAAUGGUUCCAGAGAAUGUGUUGGUAGAUACUCCAGUAGCAUUAGUGCAGGUGUCAGACCGCGACCAAGGAGAGAAUGGUGCGGUUACCUGCACUGUGGUUGGGGAUGUGCCAUUCACAUUGAAACCGGCAGGUGAGACAGCCCUAGCACCUCCACCAGCCACAGAUGAUGCCUUUGAACGAAACAAAAAGAAAUAUUUUCUCCACACCUCAGCACUUUUGGAUUACGAAGCUACUCGUGAGUAUAGUGUCACUAUCGUGGCAGUGGACUCUGGUAGCCCAAGCCUCUCUAGUAAUAGUUCCCUUCUGGUACGUGUGGUGGACAUCAAUGACCAUGCUCCCACUUUUGCCCAGAGCUUAGUGGAAGUGCAUUUUGCAGAGAAUAAUGCCCCAGGAGAACGAGUGGUCACAGUAGUGGCUUCUGAUGCAGACAGUGGUAAGAAUGCAGAGAUCGCUUUCUCACUGGACCCAUCUGUUAAUGGAGCUUUUUACAUUGAUGCCGAUAAUGGUGAUAUUCGUGCCACUGGGGCACUAGACAGAGAGCUGAGGGAACGCUAUGAAUUUCGUGUGAUAGCUCGAGAUAAGGGCACCCCGUCUCUACAAGGCUCUGCUACUGUCGUAGUUCAGGUCACAGACAGGAAUGACAAUGCCCCCAAAUUUGUCCAGGAAGUCUUCACAUUCUACGUCAAAGAGAACCUGCUCACUAAUAGCCCUGUCGGCAUGGUGACUGUUACAGAUGCAGAUGAAGGCGAGAAUGCAGAGUUGAGUCUUUUUGUUGAGCACGAUGAAGAGGAGGGUGGAGAGGAGGGCAAAGAGGGGAAGCAAGAAGUUUUCUCCAUUGAAAAUAACACUGGAACCAUUUUCUCCUCUGCAUCCUUUGACCGUGAACGAUGUAGCACAUACUCAUUCCGUGUGCGUGCUGUUGAUGGCGGAGAACCGCCACGGUCUGCCACCGCCACUAUCUCCCUGUUUGUCACUGAUGAAAAUGACAAUGCACCAUCCAUCACAUCACCCGCUAAUGAAUCAUACACUCUCCUGCCACCCGCUAGCGGGGCUCGGACUGUAGUCCGCACAGUCUCAGCCUCAGAUGGCGACACAGGGUCUAAUGCCGAUCUCCGCUAUGCUCUGGUAGGCGGAAACCCUUUUCGUCUGUUUGAGAUUGGCUCGAGCAGUGGGGUCAUAACCUUGGCAGAGCCCCUGGAGAGAAGACACAGGGGUCUGCACCGCUUGGUGGUCCGGGUCAAUGACAGUGGCAUGCCUUCCCUUUGUGCCACGGCACUGGUGCAUGUCUUCAUCAACGAGAGCUUGGCCAAUGCUACGCUGGUGGAUGCACAGGUGGCUCGCAGCCUUGCAGUCCCCCUCUAUAUGGAUAUUGCAGGUGACCCAGACAGCGAGAGAGCUUUGGGUAAACAACGCCUGAGCGUUGCCAUCGGUGUCCUGGCUGGUGCUGCUGCCGUUAUUCUGGUGAUCCUUCUGGUUGUGACAGCACGACAGUGUGGGGUGCAGGGUAAGAAUGGCUAUGAGGCUGGGAAGAAGGAGCCAGAAGAGGACUUUUUCAGUCCACAACCUCCCCCUCUUCAAGCCCAGGGCUCCCAAAAUGAACGUGGGCGCAAACCACGCAGAGACAAGCGUAAUAACGGUACUGCCAAAUCUGAGCGUUCUUUAUACAGUGGAAUUAUGACAGUGAAUGGCUGCAGACGUGGGGGAGGCGAUGAAGAAGAGGAUGAUGAAGACGCUAGCAGUGCCAGCGAGAGGAUUGCAGCACGUUAUUGUGCAGCAGCUAAUGGAGAUCCAAGCAGUCCAAGACUAGGCUCAAGACGUCACCAAUCAAGUCCAGAUCUGGCCCGCCACUACAAGUCCAGCUCACCUUUGCCUGCAGUACAUCUUCAGCCCAACUCACCACCCGUGGAAGGCAAGAAGCACCAAGCUGUGCAGGAACUGCCCCCCACUAACACCUUCACUGGCAACGGCACCGGUAAUGCAGACGCCAUGUCACUCAGCUCAGACCAAUGCUCCGAUUACGGCUGCCAAACUGUCAAGUACAGCAAACAGCCCCUCAGAAGAGUGACAUUCUCUGUGGUGAGUCAGGCUCCUGAUCAAGGCUGCUAUGAUAGUGGAGUGGAGGACUCUGAGACCCCAAGCAGCAAGAGCUCCUCUGGACCCAGACUGGGAUCUUUACCACUGCCUGAGGAUGGAUAUGAAAGGACAACACCAGAAGGGAGCGUAGGCGAAGAGGAGCAUGUGGAAAAUGACCCCAGGCAGCUCCCUGACGUGGCUCUGACAGGAAAGUGCACACGAGAAUGUGAUGAUUUUGGUCACUCUGACACCUGCUGGAUGCCUGUGCCACCAUCACCACGCAGACGCAUGGAACCACCCCAACUGUCCACCUUCGCCUCGCCCGGCGAUAACAACAACAACACGGAGGACGACAGUGACCGAGAGGAAGACGGAGAUGGAGGUACGGAUAAGAGCAGCGGAGGAAGCGAGGAGGUCCGGGAUUCACUCGCAAAUGGAGAUCCGCUCGGAACGCUCAGCCGUCGGGACCGGAACAGGAACAUGGGCGACCACAACCGUAAUCUCCUGAACCGGAAAAUGACCUCGGCAUCCUAUGACACGUUCAGCAGCGCUGGCUUUGGCCGUCGUCCGGAUGAAGAAGACUCACACCCACCAGAGGUCAUUCCGCUUACGAGGACGGGGGGCGACUAUAAGACCACCUCGUGCCUCACUCUGUCUCGCAGGGAAGUGUACCUGUGAGCUGCAGGCAGCCCCCUCGCUACGGGACAGCCCAGAGCAACUUCACUGCAUCAAGCAGGAGCAUCAUUGAGAGACUAGCGCAUACCUGUUCAAAACAGGCGUCUUCUCCUUGCCAAAAAUUCAUCAUCAGUUCAUUUCUCUAGAUGCAAAAUAUCAAAGUUGAGGAGAAAAAGUGAAUCAUCUUUUAUUCUUUCAUAAACUUGGAUAUACUUUGUCAAUGGCAAACAUUUGCAUGUUAGGCCUCCCACAGACAGGGGGCGAUGUGGGGACUGAUGGACAAAAUCCAAUCACAGACCAUAUAAAUGGAUGCUCAUUUCAUCCAAUUGUGGCACUUCAUGAAAAUAAAACCAUGUAGCAUCAGGAAAAAGGAAAUCGUAACCAAUCAUAGGGCGACAGCGGCAUCUCUAGUUUCCUGUUGCUGAGCCAAUACGGUUAUUUAAUUACAGUCACACGGUAAACACUAGACAUGUAAAUUCUUUCAUCACAGACUUUUAGAUAGAAAAAAAAGAAAAAAGUCUGAUCAUCCAUUUUUAUCAUUUGUAAAGCUACUUGUUUUUCUUUUAUUAACAAAUAUGGGAAUAUACUACAGCUCUCAGUAGUGCUUCAUAGGUUUCGGAUUAAAUUCUUCGCUAUUUCAUUGCUUCUGUAAUGGAGCAAUUAUCACAAUGACUGUUAAAUUACCAUCCCAUCAGAUCUCAGAGUUGAAAUCAGCCAAUUAAAUCAUGUGACAUACUCUGUACACAGCACAAACAUACACACACACACACACACUGAUACAUGUCUAUAUCCAUUUAAUGCAGAUGUGUGUGUAAAAGUGUAUGUACUGUAUAAACGGACAUUUUGGCAUACCUGAGGCUUUUUUUGAGAAAUGGUUUUUUGAAAGUAGAUGUAGCAUUUUUGCCUGCUUGAUCUUCAACUAGUAUAUAAGACACUGAAGUGUAUUUGAAUAACUAAUCAUCUGUGUAAAGUGCAUACACAGGGGCAUUCAACAAUGUUUAGAUACAUCUAUACUAUACUAUAAACGACAAAUAUACUGUAUCUCAUCCCUUUUAAGUAGAGCUCAUAUUUAAACCAAAUUUCUUUAAAGGCAACACUGCAUGAGGAUGAUCUAAUGCUUAUUUUGUUAAAUAAGAAUCAGAUUUUGUUGUUUUUCUGAGGAUAUAACCUGUUUAGGAGGGGAGUGUGCGAGCGUGUGUGAAUUCAAAGCGAGGUCGUUGAAGAGCUAGAUCUUUAAUUUAGCCAGAAAUGACACACACACACACACACACACACACAAUGUAGUUGUUCAAAUACCUGUAUUACAGUUCAAACAAAUCAAGACAUUUUAAUGAGUCUUUGUUAAUCUUACGGCAGCCUCGUCCAGGUCUUGGCACCUCAUCAAGCCUCUGGAAUUUUCAAAUUGAGUUUAGGAAUGGCUUUUUUUUAGCUCUUGAUAUGCAUUGUAAGUACAAUCUGAUUGAUAAGAACAAAUUGACAUGUAUUUCACCAACUCUCAGGAAACUUGAGAUUCAGUGUGUGUUCUCGGCCCAUUAUCAACGCUGAGGUUUAGUCUGCGCUCCGAAUUUGUCCUCACAAGGCCAUACUGUUGGGGAGCCUGUUUUCUCACCCUUUCCCUUUUUCAGACUCACUGUACCUGUAAACGGUGUCCGAAGUGUGCGUGUUUCCUGGCUUCCCAUGGUGAGAAUUGCAGACUCAUCUCUUUCACUUCACGGAACAGCCUUGGGUCUGGAGCGGGACUGGUGGACUCCAGUCCAUCUAUGCCAAAAUCUGUCCAGCUAUUUCAGUUUUACUGGAAGCACUGGUGCACAAACUUACCUGAAAAAGACUAGCCCAGAACCUGCGGUUCAGUGCCUGGAUGAGAGGAAAUUGCUGAACUGGCCUAAACAGGGUUUGUGAAACCGGAGGACUCGAGAGGAGGGAAUCUGUCUCUAAAGAUGCCGUGUUUCCUUUCAAGGUUUAUAGGCUAAAUAUGCUGUUAUACAGCAGUCUGUAAGUAGUGUACAGUAUGGGGUGCAUAACGGACUACGUAUAUGAAACCGUAUGUUUUCUUUCUUUUUUUUUUUUUUACUGCACGUUUACCUAACAGUUCAACUCACUGCUAAAAGGGGAGGGCAAAAUAACAUUGUGUCUAAAGCGUAACAUUCACUUGAACUUUUUUAUGAGAUAAACACUGAACUCAUGUACUCUCCCAACAUCUGCCAUUUUACUGCUACCCUGUAGAGAAAUGACCACUGAACUUUAACCUGAAAGGCAUGUUGACGGUCUUUAAUCCUGCACCUGUGAGGAAAAUGUUUUUUAUUUCUCUGUUUUUAUGCUAUGUGAAAGAGGAGUUUUUGAAGCUCUCUCUCAUGGAGCGUUCAUUGCAUUUGUUAUGACAAAUAACAAAUCAAAAGGGGUUGAAAUGGUUUGAAAGUUUGAUAUGUGACAUGUAAAAGUUUGAUUUUGACAUUAAAACACCUUUAAACCGUG